UUUGUAAAGAAUAAAAUCAAGCUUACCGAAGCAGAGAACGAAAAGAAGAUAAAAGAAGGCGAUGUAUUCUUAUUGCUCUCAGCUAUGUCAAGAAAUAUAUUUCGUUCCAGAAACAUGAUGGGCAGUUCACCUUGGACGCCGAAUUUGUUAGACUACUCGGCUUUGAAUCUUUCAAUAAUUAACGUCUACAUCAAAUCGAAACGCGUAUCUAAUUGGACAUCCACGUUAUUUCCACUGCCGUUUCUCUCUGCCAUUGAUCAUCGUACUGAGUGGCAGUCUGGUUACGAAAAAUCAUCUAAAUGGAUAUCGUUGACUAUCAACAAUACGGCGGUUGAGCCAAGAACUUUGUCAUUGAGAAAUACCAAGUCGAUAAGGCUACUAUUAAAAUUGACGAAGCCUACUACAGCAAUCCACCUUAUUGUCGAAAAUUUCCCUGCUGACGUACUUGAAAGCAAGGACACCAAAUGA